CUCCCAACCUCCAAAAUGACUGCAGCGGCCAUUCUGUUCACCAUCUUCCUCUGCCUGACCAUCGCCCUCGCGCUCGCCACCAUCCUCGUGUACGUCUACUUCCAGUCGCUCAAGAACCAAGUGCGACACAGACACAAAGACAAGCGCCAAGCCGAACAAGAUGGCCAUUAUGCCGAUGCGGAUGCGACCGAACUGACUCAGCUGGACGAGCUCGAUGAGGAACUCGAUGAGGACUAUGCGAGAGAACACGGCGAGGGAUCUCCACCAUUCAGCACCUCUUACGCCGGGCCGGGCGCUUCUGAGGCUGCGUCUGCAUCUGCUGGUGAGGCAUGGGAGGCGUCUGGCGAUGCUCUGAGGGCGAGCGCUGCGGCGAGGCGAGUGCGGCCAUUCGAUGAGGCCGUCCGGCGACAGCAGCUGGAGGCCGAGCAGGAGUGCUACCAUCUAUUCAGAGACCUCCAGCAUCAGCAGGCAUCCGUCGACAGCAAGCUCGCCACUCUGCGGCAGCUCCGCGGGCUGCUGGAGGGUCUGGAUACGACGUUUCGGGUGAACAAGCCGGCCUUGGUGACGGCGCAGAUCAUGUGUUGCAAUGUGCUGAUGAAGAUGGACGGGCUGGACACAUUGCAGGGGUGCAAGGAGGACAAGAGGCUGGAGGAGCACGCACAGUGGAUCAUAGAGAAGGUCGUGCCCAUUAUCUGGUCCAACUGACUGGUGUGAGAGAGGGGCGGAGACAGCCAUGUGGGCGGGGCUGCGGCGCUCACUCAUGAUGUAGGUACUGAUCGAUUCGUGUGUGUGUGUGUGUGUGUGUGCGCGUGUGUGUGUGAUUAGUGUAGAGUACGUGUGCCCUGCGGCAUGACCUUCCCG